AUGUUAAAACAAUUUACGAAAUCAUUAUUUAAUAAUUUAUCAAAAACUAAUAAUAAUACUAAACAACAAGUAACUAAAAAAUUAACUCCAUCAAUAACAAUUUAUCAUAAUAAUCAAUCAAUUUUAUCAAAUAAUUUAUUAAAAAAUUUAGAAUCUUAUAGUUUAUUACCUUGUACUGAAUAUAAACAACUGUUUAAUAAUAGUAAUAAUAAUACGUUUUAUAAUACAAUAAAAUCAAGUGUUUUACCAACUUCAUCUAAAUCAACAACUAAUUUAUCAUCUUCGACUUCAGACAACUCAUCAAAGUUCAAUGUUGAUAUUAAAAUUGAAUCUACAUUAUCAAAAGAUGAUUAUGAUUUUAUAUUAAAAAAUUGUUUAGAUAUUCAUCCAGAAAAUAAUUUAAUAAUGUUAAAAUUAUUAUUAAAACCAAAUGAUCAAUUAUUAUUAACAGAUUCAAAAAAUUCAAAUAAAUUAUUAAAAAAUUUUGAAUUAUUAGAAAAAUUAUAUAAUUAUGAAAAUUUUAAAAAUUUAAAAUUAAAUAGUCCUUUAAUUAUUGAUUAUCAAAAUAAAUUAUUAGGUAAUUGUAAUUCAAGUUUUAAUAGAAUAAUUGUUAAUUAUUUGAAUUGUGGUAUACAAAAUAUUAGUUUAUUAAAUCAUCAAAAUCAAUCAACUUCAAAGGAAAAAGAUAAUGAUUUAUUUGUUGCUAAUACAAAUAAUGUUCAGUUUGUUAGUAGUUAA